AUGCGUUCCCUUCUUUUUCUGCUUCUUCAAUUCCUCCUCAGCCAUGGCCUCAAUGUGCUCUUUUAUGUGCCAACUCUUUCGCACAGUCACAUUUCUUUCAACACGAAACUGGCGGAAGUGCUUGCGUCAGCCGGCCAUUCGGUUACCGUAAUUCUGGCCCAAGUGGACGAUACUCUCUUCGUCGACAACGCCACCGAUUAUUCGAUUCUUCGGAAGAGGGUCGGAGUGCCACGUGGCCAUCUUCGACAGGUUUUGUGGAGUAAUCCGGGUCCCUACGAGGACAGUUCUCCUCUGAAUCCGCUCAUUUUCUAUAAGCUUCUGAAAGUAUCGCGAACAUUUGUGACUGCGUGUGAAAGUAAGAACGGAAUCGGUGGAAUCGAAAAGCUUCUCUUCUUUUCUCUCUCUUUUAGAUAUCGCAUCGGACGAAAUGUUUCUGGACAGUCUGAGAGAGCAGAAUUUCGACGUCGGAUUGGUCGAGCAGUAUGACUCGUGCGGGUAUUCCUUUCCGGGACCACAGUCCUCUGAAGUCUAUCGGUUCGAUUCAGGUUCGGAGUGUUCAAAGCGAUCGGGAUAGAAAGUACGGUAUGGCUGUCCGCCACGGCCAUUUACAGACCGCAAGCGGAGGCAUUGGGAAUUCGCUUGCCGUACAGUUAUGUCCCGGGUAUGAGGAAUCGGAGGAGUUUUAGUCUGAUAUGGAGCGUGUCAUUUUACAGAACUGUUCGCGCACUUCAGCGACAAGAUGACGUUCCUCCAGAAAGUGACCAACUGUCUCAUCGGCCACGUCACUUCGUUCGUUUUUGAAGUGUUCGCUCAAGCACGCCAAUCUAGAAUAUUCAGAUUCCAUCAAGGUUUCAUGCUUUUCAGUCCUUUUUGAAUGAACGAGUUCAGAUCUGGCGUCAGUGUCCAAAGAGUCAUCUUCCAUUCUCAUAAACUCCAUUCCUUUCUUCGAUUACAGUAUGCCGCUCAGCCACCAAUUCUCGAACAUCGGAGGGAUUACUGUAGACAAAAAAGGCCAGAAGCUUGAUCUGGUAACGUUGGAAACGGAAUUCUCCCGGUGAUUCUCAGAUAUUUCAGUACUGGCAAUCGAUCGCUGACGACGCCAAGAACGGAUUCGUGCUCGUGAGCUUCGGCGGCAUCGCGAGGACCGUCGACAUGAGCAGCUCCAUGCAGCGCAUCUUCUUCGACAGCUUCUCUCGCUUUCCGCAAAUCACGUUCAUCGUCAAGUACGAAUCGUCGAACGCGACCGUUUCGAUGCCCGACAACGUGAUUCUCACUCCGUGGAUUCCCCAAUUGCCGCUGAUGGCCCACAAGAACUACAAAACGAUCAUUACGCACGGAGGAUGGAGCAGCAUUCUGGAGACGACGAUGCACUCGAAGCCGAUGAUUCUGAUGCCGUUGUUCGCCGACCACGCCAAAAAUUCGAAGGUUGCCGAGUCGAAAGGAGUCGCUGUUCUGCUCGACAAAAUGAGAUUGAGCCAGCGGAGAGUUGUGCACGCAAUCAACACGAUACUGACUAACGAGAGGUCGGAAUGGGAAAAGAGCAAAAAUAAGUUAUGAAAAGUCCUUCCAGAUACACUCGGAACUGUGAAAAGUACUCGAGAAUGUUCUCGGAUACGCCCAUUUCACACGAGAAGUUGAUCGAAUGGAGGAUUAGACAAGCAGCGAAACCGUCGAGAAAAGCAUUUGCCAAGCAUAUGAAACCGAAGGAACCCGACUUUUUAUUUGUAAAUCUAGCUUUUGUUUCUAUUCCGAUUCUGUUCGCAUUCAAAAAACGAGGCUGCCUGUAUUGA